GUGGCUCGGAGCGGGCGGCGCGCGGGCGGUGAGGUGACUCGAAACCUGAAGUAAGCAAACAUGAAUGCGCUUGAUUUGACUUCAAUCUUUGAUUUUCUGGAAAAGGCCAACUUAACGGAGAUCAACUGGAUGUGCAACAACAGCGACUGCAUCACAGUAGAUGCGACGGCAUGCCCCGGCACUCUCAACAAAAGUGCCCUUCUCUACACCCUGUCCUUCUUCUGCAUCUUUAUCUUUGUCAUAGGGCUGGUGGCCAACUCCGUUGUGGUGUGGGUCAAUCUCCAAGCCAAAAUGACUGGCUAUGAAACCCACCUCUACAUCUUCAAUUUGGCUGUCGCCGAUCUGUGCGUUGUCAUCACGCUUCCUGUUUGGGUUGUCUCCCUCGUCCAGCAUAACCAGUGGCACAUGGGAGAAAUCACGUGCAAAAUAACUCACCUUAUAUUUUCCAUCAACUUGUACGGCAGCAUCUUCUUCCUGGCAUGCAUGAGCGUGGACCGCUACCUCUCAGUUGCCUAUUUCACCAAUUCUAGUAACCGCAAGAAGAAGAUAGUCCGCCGCUGCAUCUGCAUCCUGGUGUGGCUUCUUGCCUUUUCUGCAUCUCUGCCAGACACCUAUUUCCUUAAGACAGUCACUACCAGCAAUGAAACCUACUGCCGUCCCUUGUAUCCCGAGGAGAGCUUCAAAGAAUGGUUGAUUGGCAUGGAGCUCAUCUCUGUCGUUUUGGGCUUCCUUAUCCCUUUUCCAGUCAUUGCUCUCUUUUACUUCCUCCUUGCGAAGACCAUCUCUGCCUCCAGUGAUCAAGAGAGGAAGAGCAGCGGGAAGAUCAUUUUCUCCUAUGUCGUCGUGUUUCUUGUCUGCUGGCUACCCUACCAUACAACUGUCCUUCUCGACAUCUUCUACAGUCUUCAUUUCAUACCCUUCAGUUGUCAAAUGGAGAACUUCUUGUACGCCACGCUUCACAUCACUCAGUGUUUCUCUCUAGUCCAUUGCUGUGUCAACCCCAUCCUCUAUAGCUUCAUUAAUCGCAAUUACAGAUACGAGCUCAUGAAAGCCUUUAUUUUCAAGUACUCUGCCAAAACUGGUCUCACUAAGCUUAUUGAUGCUUCCAGAGUGUCAGAAGCAGAGUAUUCUGCUCUGGAGCAAAAUACCAAAUGACUGCAACUCCGGCAAGAACCCUCCUUGACUCUCUGACUUUUUUCCCCCCCUUUCCUUAUGCUUGUUAUGAACGGGGCAUGAAUUACAGCCUACAAAAGAGAAAUAGCAAACUGUAAUUUAAGAGUAGAAUCGGGCGCAAUAUGGAAGUGGUACCAAAACUAAGCGUUUUGUUUGUGUUUGUUUGAUCUCCUCCUAGCCCAAUCUGGACUUCUUGACAAUGCUAUGCAAAUGGAACUGACUUCCUAGCAGACAAAGCCAUUGUGUACCUUAGAUAACAUUUGUUUUCAGGAUAAGCUUUUUCCUUCCAUGUGUAGAUUCCCUCUUGUCUCAUUGUAUAUGUUAUAUAUAGUGCGUGUUGUAUUUAAAAGCUCAAGACUUUAUUUUCUGGCUAUCGGUGUACCUUAUACAAUUGUAUUUGAAAAUGAAAUAUAUUUUUAUCAUGUAUUUGAAGUAUAUUGCUGUUGAGUGUAUCCAGAGUGCUGUAGUCUGAGUGUUAGACUGCCGUUUGGUUUUAACUCUCCUUGGUAAGAGGAUGACAAUAACAGGCAGUAUGGCAAUGAUCUCUGAUGUGCGUCGUUGGCACGGUUCAUUGACCAUAGCUUUGUGUGGUGGUCAUACCCGUGUGUCUGGAGCAUGAAAUGUAUGUCUUGUAAUAUAGCUACCAUCAUGUUAAAAUUAACAGUAUUGUAAGAGUUGUUAACUCCUAUGCCCGAACUUCACAAACCUAUAUCCUUAUGCACAGAAUGAAUGAUCUUGCUUCUGAGAGUUGUCUCUAUUUGUAAGUUAUUUUUGUAAAAUAAAGAUCUGGAAAA